UUGUUGUGCUACUCUUCACUCCCUCAGUCAUCAACUGUCAACAACUGUGAAUGUGACAGCAAAAUAGCCUUUAACAGUUUGGCGACCUCUGCGCUCUUCUUAAAGCCAUCGUUCCCCCAAUUCGAAACCCUAACCCUAAUCCAGUGAUCUAUUGUUUUCUUCAAUGGCACCCGUCGAUCCGCAUUCCUUCACCGAUUCCUCUCACCCAUUCGCCACCCACCUCUCCCUUUCUCUCUAUUUUGAAUUCGCCUCUUCCACCAUUCAGGGCUCGGCUCUGCUUAGCCUUCCAACCCCUCAUUCUGGCUAUAUCUAUCUCGACACACGCUCUCUCACAAUUUCCUCCGUCGUCGACCCCAAAACCCUAGCUCCCCUUCCCUUCUCGCUGUCUCCCGUCCCUGACCCGAUUAAAGGCCAAAACCUAACCGUUUCCCUUUCCAACCAAUCUUCCUUCCUGAUCGUUUUUGCCACGAGCCCGUCUUCGUCAGCCCUUCAAUGGCUCUCUUCUCCACAGACGUUCAACAAGACUUUCCCCUUCGUGUAUACGCAGUGCCAAUCUAUCCAUGCCCGUUCUAUAUUCCCCUGUCAAGACACCCCUGCUGCACGCCUCUGUUACUCGGCUCGCCUCAAUGUCCCUCAACAAUUGUCUGCCGUGAUGUCCGCACGGCAUGUCGAACGCCGACCACCGGUCUCUGGUGAGGCUGCAAUGGCCUGCGACGAUGCAUUGUGGUGUGCCGAAGGCAGGAUGGUGGAUGAAUUCACUAUGGAGCAGCCCAUACCGCCUUACUUGUUUGCGUUUGCAGUGGGAGAGCUUGGCUUUAGAGACGUUGGGCCCAGAACUAGGGUCUACGCCGAAUCGGUGCCCGCGGUUCUGGACGCGGCUGCGAGGGAGUUUUUGGGGACAGAGGACAUGAUUAGGCAGGGGGAGAAGUUGUUCGGGCCUUACGAGUGGGAGAGGUUCGAUCUGCUCGUGUUGCCGCCGAGCUUUCCUUAUGGAGGCAUGGAAAAUCCAAGGAUGGUGUUUUUGACACCGACGGUAAUCAAGGGGGAUGCAAGCGGUGCACAGGUGGUGGCCCAUGAGCUCGCUCAUAGCUGGACUGGGAAUCUCAUCACUAACAAAACCAACGAGGAUUUCUGGUUAAACGAGGGUUGUACAACCUAUGCGGAGCGGAGAAUUGUUGAAGCUGUGCAGGGGGAAGAGAUAGCUGCUCUGAAUACUGGAAUUGGUUGGAGGGGUUUGAAUGAAGAAAUGGAGGGAUUCAAGGACAACAUGGAGUUCACAAAGCUCAAGACGAAGCAGGAAGGAGUGGAUCCAGAUGAUAUCUAUUCUCAAGUUCCAUAUGAGAAGGGUUUCCAAUUCAUUUGGCGCAUUGAACGUCAGAUUGGAAGGCCAGCAUUUGACGAAUUCCUUAAGAAAUAUAUCGCCACCUUUAAGUUCCAAUCCAUUGAUACAGAAACGUUUCUCAAUUUCCUGAAAGCUAAUAUCCCCGGAAUAGAGAAAGAGAUCGAUCUGGUCCUCUGGACUGAGGGAACUGGUAUCCCUCCAGAUGCCUUUGAACCUGUUUCCAACACAUAUGCUAAAAUUGUUUCACUGGCGAAAGAGUUUAUUCAUGGGAGGAUGCCAAGGGAAGAUGAAGUAUCAGAUUGGCAUGGACAGGAAUGGGAGCUUUACCUGGAAAAUUUGCCCAAGUCUGUUGAAGCUUCACAGGUUGCAGCCUUGGAUGCACGCUACAGGCUGGCAGAAUCCAAGAAUUAUGAGGUGAAGGUAGCAUUUCUUCAACUGGCCAUUUCAUCUGGAUGCAGAGAAUUCUUCAGUGAGGUGGAGAAAACCUUGAAGGAGGUAGGAAGGAUGAAGUACCUGCGCCCACUCUAUACUGCGCUGGUACAAGGUAAUGGAAAGGAAGAGGCAAAGAUAUUGGCCAAAAGAGUUUUUGGGGAAGCUCAUGAGUGUUAUCAUCCUAUAGCUCAAGGUGUUGUCGAGUCCAUCCUUUUAAAGCACCUGUAGGAUGGAUGAGCUAUGAUAAUACUCAGAUCAAACUUAUCAAUGCUAUUGUAAUUAUUAUUCCUGUAUUUUCUGUUACUAAAAUGAGAUGGACAACAUGUUUAUGGUACUUUCAUACACAUCUUUUCUCAGCUCACAAUAUGUAGGAUAAUGAAUGUGCUUUCAGUGGUUUAACAAGC